CAUCACCAUCCAACGGCAAUCCUGCCUGCGUUGCUACCUUCCCGGGUGCCUCUUCCCCCUUGACGGCCUCCCGCCACCGACACCCACCACUCCCCUCCCCUCCGUUGGCUCGGCACAUGUGUAGUUGCCACUUCGCUUUCCUCGUCCCUUACCUCUCACUCCUCGCCACCGAUUAAUCUCCCCUUCUCCAACCACCGCGAGAUCCCGAGCCACCACGCGCGCGCAUUCGCCAGAUCCAGAUCGACUGCACGCUCGCGCAUCCGAGAUCGAGCUCGCUCGCUCGCUCGCUAGCUAGUCUCCUCCGAGGAGGAUGAAGCGGAAGACGCGGAACAAGGUCAUCCUGUGGACGCUGAUGCUGGCAGCGGCGGCGGUGCUGGUGGGCGGCACGAUUGCGCUGGUGCUGACGGCGGGGACGUGGAAGGCGAAGGUGAAGGAGUCGCACGAGAAGAUUUGCAACAAGGGGUGGGAGUGCUCGGGCAGCAAGUACUGCUGCAACGACACCAUCACCGACUUCUUCAAGGUGUACCAGUUCGAGAACCUCUUCGCCAAGCGCAACACCCCCGUCGCCAAGGCCGUUGGGUUCUGGGACUACCAGUCCUUCAUCACCGCCGCGGCCGUCUUCGAGCCGCUCGGCUUCUGCACCACCGGCGGCAAGGAGAUGCAGAUGAUGGAGCUCUGCGCCUUCCUCGGGCACGUCGGCUCCAAGACCUCGUGUGGGUUCGGCGUGGCGACCGGCGGGCCGCUGGCGUGGGGGCUCUGCUACAACCACGAGAUGAGCCCCAGCCAGAUCUACUGCGACAAGUACAACACCCAGUACCCCUGCGUCGAGGGCGUCGAGUACUACGGCCGCGGCGCUAUCCCCGUCUACUGGAACUACAACUACGGCGCGGCCGGCGACGGGAUCCAGCAGGACCUGCUCCACCACCCGGAGUACCUGGAGCAGAACGCGACGCUGGCGUUCAUGUCGGCCAUGUGGCGGUGGAUGACACCGAUGAAGAAGAAGCAGCCGUCGGCGCACGACGUGUUCGUCGGCAACUGGAAGCCCACCAAGAACGACACGCUCAACAAACGCCUGCCCGGGUUCGGAGCCACCAUGAACGUGCUCUACGGCGACCAGAUCUGCGGCAACGGGUUCAUCGACUCCAUGAACGUCAUCAUCUCGCACUACCAGUACUACCUCGACCUCAUGGGGAUCGGCCGUGAGCACUCCGGCGACAACCGAGACUGCGCUGAACAGGUCCCGUUCAACCCAUCCAGUAAGACGGACGAUCAGCAGCAGCAAUCAGGCUAAGCUAGAACCUAUCAUUACGGCAGUCCGGUGUUGUAUAUUGUAUUCAUGUUCUUGCCAUUCCCAAAGCUUCCCAAGCUACAGUGAGCCGCUGGUUCUUCAGAAUGUGUGGAGCUGCUUUGGAUUUAUGUUGUUUUGAGUGGCUGAUCUGCUGACUGUAUGUGUUGCCAAUGGGAAUUGGGGAAUUUGUAGUCCUUGUACCGUGGUGCCCAUAGGUCUUUUGGUUUCUUUGAUUUUGCCAGAUACAUCAUACAUGUUAAAAGAUUGUUCAAAUUGAACAUACCAUGAGUUUAUCUGAACUUCACUAUGCCUGCUA